AUGCUUUUUGAAGAGAAAGACAGACUGCUGCAAUUCAACUACGUCUACAACUACUCCCAGAUGAACACCAGCGACCUCGAAGGAUAUCUCGUCAAUAACUACGAUAUCAUCCUCACUACGCUCUCCAGCAGCGGCUUAUCCGUUAUUUCUGGAAUUCCGAUAGGACCUAGAUAUUCGGCAUUGGUGGUGGACGAAGCGUGCCAGGCGACGGAGGUCUCCACGCUGAUCCCGUUGCUCAUCAAUCCGCAGAAGUGUGUGUUGAUCGGAGAUCCCAAGCAGCUUCCUGCUACGGUAAUCAGCGCAAAUAAUCAGAACAAUUACAAUCUGAGUCUUUUUGAACGUCUUUCAAACAAUAACCAUUACUCAUACCUCCUUAACACACAAUAUCGUAGAUGCCACCCCAAUAUUAUUGCUUUUCCAAACCAGUGUUUUUACGAUGGCAAGCUAAUGAACGGUGAGAACGUGUCUGGGAGGGGGUAUAGCCACCAAUUCUACGAGUCUGACUAUUUUUACCCUGUCGUGUUUUAUAAUCUGUGCGGUUCGAACGUAUCCGAGAAGAAGGAUGCUUUUUCCAAAUCCUACAGCAACGAAUCCGAAGUCCGCUUCGUUCUAAACCUCUACAACACCUUUUUGAAUCUCUACCCUUCCUACUCCUCGAUGUCGGUCGUGAUUUUGACUCCCUACAAGGAGCAAAAGUCCCUGUUCGAAUCACGCAUUGCGCAGCAUCCCAACGAGCUGGUCCGCCGUCUGCACGUGUUCACCGUGGACGCGUUCCAGGGCAAGGAGGUGGACCUGGUCUUCUACUCGACGGUGCGUACGGGCAGCGCGUACGGCGUGGGCUUCGUCUCGGACAUCCGUCGAAUGAACGUGAGCUUCACGCGGCCGCGCUUCGGCCUGUUCGUGGUCGGCAACGAAGCCAAGCUCCGCACCAGCACUUACUGGAACCAGUUCAUCGAUUUCACUUAG